AUGACGAAACUCACAGACACACCGGCAGAGGGUCUACGUAUUUGUUCACUACUCCCUUCGUCAACAGAGAUUGUGGGCCGAUUAAGCCUCCACGAGCACUUGGUAGCCGUAACACAUGAAUGCGAUGAGUGUCCUGGUAUUAUUCUCACUGAUAAAAUCGAACAAGGCCAGAUCCAACGGGUGACCACAUCAGAUAUCAACCCAUUCGCACUGUCACAAGGGGAGAUUGAUGCGAAAGUCAAGGAGUCCAUCCGGGACGGUCUCUCGCUCUAUGGGCUCGAUGAGGAGAAGCUGCGAAUCACCAAACCCACUGUGGUGUUCACCCAAGCUCUGUGCAAUGUCUGCGCGCCGGCCCAUGCGGACGUCGUGGAGACCUGUCAGCGGCUGAGUGACAAGUUCAAGAGUGAUCUCGGCAUGACCCAGCCUGUAAAAGUGGUCAACCUAGAGCCCAAUAAUGUGAGUGAGGUGGGGGAUACCUUUGUCCAGGUAGCCAGAGACUGUGGCGUGACGGACAGGGGGGUGAGGCUCAGGAGCGAGUUCAUGGGCCACUUCCAACUGAUCCAACAAACAAUCGCACAGCACACCCCACCGAGUAUAAUCCAGCCGCGCGUGAUGCUGUGUGAAUGGCUGGACCCCAUCUUCGACGGCGGUCAUUGGAUUAACGAGCUCAUACGCUCUGCGGGGUGUGUGCCUGUGUAUAACUGUGAAGGGGGUAAAAGCAAGCAACGGAGUUGGGAAGACGUACUGGCAAAGGAUAUUGAUUGUGUGGUGGUGGCCUGUUGCGGGUUUGAUGUUGCUCGCAACAGAGAGGAUGUUAGGACUAUGUUGAACCCUGCCAACGGGUCUGAGGCGGCCGUUGGGUUUAGGAAGCUGUACGACAAGGUCAAUGGCAACGUGUUUGUGGUGAAUGGCAACCGAUACUUUGCCCGGCCCGGGCCCAGUCUGGUGCAAGGGGCUGCCCUCAUCGCAAGGUGUGCGUAUAGUGCUCACAGAGCUGUUGUUGACCAGAUUGAAAGUCUCGGCCUACUGCCGACUGUGGGUCAGAGAAUGGUUCAUACUGAGCAAGGGUACGUACACGUACAACCCGAUCAGGGUGCACGCAGUGCAGACAUUGAUAGACAGUCGUGGGUGAAGAUAGACAGGGAUGUCUCGGUAGCGGAAACUUCGAGUAAGAUACCGUUGAGGGAAGCAGACAGAGGUACACAAAGCCCACUAGUUGGAGAUAGGGCUUCAGAGGGGAAUACAGAAGUGCUGAGCGGAACUGGUGCGUUUCAAGAAGAGUCGUAUAUCGACCCGGACAUUGAGGACUACAUACGGUUGCACGAGGAAGCGUGUGCCCAUAACAAACGCAGCUACAUCGACCCACUUACAGGCUACCACGUGUUCACACGUGUGGCACACGAGGCCAGAGGUAAGUGCUGCGGUGGCGGGUGUCGGCACUGUCCCUUUGCUCACACCAACGUGAAGGACAUGAAGAAGAAGAUGAAGGUGAUGAUGCAGCCCGCCUACUUGCACGAGCGAGUGGAGACGGUCGCAAGGGAGGGUAGGCCGAAGGAGGAUACCACACGCACUGCUCCUGAGGAUUUUGGUAACCUGGUUCUGUUCUGGUCGGGGGGCAAGGAUUCGUAUCUGACGCUGAGAGAGAUUGUGCGGACGCAGGGGAGUGGUGUGCUGGACCGGUUGACACUACUGACGACGUUUGGGGCGCACACACGCACGGUGGCACACCAGGAGAUAGGCAUAGAAGUGAUACACAAACAGGCCGAGUUCCUCGAUAUAUCGCUGGUGGGUGUCCCUUUGACCGGGGGCGGGGCCGUACCGUACCUCGAGCAACUGGAGAAAGGACUGGCCCUCAUUGAGGCCAGACUGGCUGAAACAGGGCGGGUGAUUGAUACACUGGCGUUCGGAGACCUGCAUUUACAACACAUCAAGCAGUGGAGAGAUAGUUCCCUGGGCGCCAGGGGGGUACGUCUAGCCUAUCCGCUCUUCUGUGCGGAGGCUGGUUCCAACUAUAAGCAACUGGCCGAGGAUCUGGAGCGCAGCACCACGCCUUGUGUAGUGAGUGCAUGCGAAGGCGACUUUAAAGGCGGCUCCUUCCCGAUUAAUGUCGGGGAUGUGUAUGGCGAAUCGGUGCGGGAGACGUCACGGGCGCUGGGUUGGGAUGAGUUUGCGGAAAACGGCGAGUUUCACACUCUGGCGAAGGUGUGGGAAGCGCAGAGUCAGGCGCAUGCGCUGGGCUUGUGCUGA